GCUGCCAGCGCCGGCGCGGCCCCGGGCUCGAGGCGCCGGAGAAGCCGGGGAGGAGCGGGGGGCCGGUCCCGGUCUCCCGCGCCAGGAGCAGACGGAGCCAGGCUGUUCGGACAUAAGGGACAUUGCUGCUUGAUAGAAUGGAUGAACAAUCACAAGGAAUGCAGGGGCCUACUGCUCCACCAUUUCAGCCACAGAAAGCCUUACGACCUGACAUGGGCUACAACACCCUUGCCAAUUUCCGAAUAGAGAAGAAGAUUGGCCGUGGGCAGUUCAGUGAAGUUUACAGAGCAACCUGCCUGCUGGAUGGGGUACCUGUGGCUCUGAAGAAGGUUCAGAUAUUUGAUUUAAUGGAUGCCAAAGCCCGUGCUGACUGCAUCAAAGAAAUAGAUCUUCUUAAGCAACUGAAUCAUCCAAAUGUAAUUAAAUAUUAUGCCUCAUUCAUUGAAGACAAUGAACUGAACAUAGUGUUGGAAUUAGCAGAUGCUGGAGAUCUCUCUAGAAUGAUAAAGCAUUUUAAGAAACAGAAGAGGUUGAUUCCUGAAAGAACAGUUUGGAAGUACUUUGUUCAGCUUUGCAGUGCCUUGGAACAUAUGCACUCUCGUCGUGUUAUGCAUAGAGAUAUAAAGCCAGCAAAUGUGUUCAUUACAGCUACAGGAGUAGUAAAGCUGGGAGACCUUGGACUUGGUCGAUUUUUCAGCUCCAAAACCACAGCUGCACAUUCUUUAGUUGGUACACCUUAUUAUAUGUCUCCAGAGAGAAUACAUGAAAAUGGUUACAACUUCAAGUCUGACAUCUGGUCUCUAGGCUGUCUGCUGUAUGAGAUGGCUGCACUGCAGAGUCCCUUUUAUGGUGAUAAAAUGAACUUGUACUCUCUGUGCAAGAAGAUAGAACAGUGUGACUACCCACCUCUCCCUUCAGAUCACUAUUCAGAGGAACUGCGACAAUUAGUGAAUAUGUGCAUCAACCCGGAUCCGGAGAAGCGCCCAGACAUCACCUACGUGUACGAUGUGGCGAAGCGCAUGCACGCACACACCGCCAGCAGCUGAGCUGCCUGCGAGCCCCACACGGAGCAGCCAGAACCAAGGGCUUGCAAUAAAUCAUCCCACCUCCCCGUGUGUCUUACACUAAUGUAAUUAUUUGAAGCUUACUGUUGUGCUUAGAAUUGUAAAUCGAUUUAUAUACAAGCUUUGUUGUUUUCUGUUCAUUUCUGGGUUUUGUAUUUUUUACUAACUUGUGGUCGUACAACAGGUUUAAAUAUGUAAAGCGUAAUUUUAAGAUGCUGUGAACCGCUGUUUCCAUGUUAGUGGGUUCAAGUAUACUUUCUGUAAUAACAAAAUUGUGUUCGGUUGGGCCUCUUCUAAAACACAGUUGCACUUUUGCACAUGAUACAGAUAUUAGGCUUAUUAUCGAGAAGCAAAAUGUCUGAAUCUCUCACCUUUUUAGUAAUUUAUGGAAAGUAUGAAUCAGCACAGUUAACUUUAUUUUAAUCUUUGUUUCAAGAGGAACAUAAUUAUUACAGGAGCUUAUUGUAUUUUAUAUUGAAUUGUAGUUUGCAGUUGCUGCUGUAAGAGUAGACAAGGAAUAGAAUUAGUUCUCUGCUUGCCAAAUGCAAUGGAAAAAUAAUUUCAGGAAAAAUUGUCAUGCUGAAAUUUUUGUAAUAUCCCCUUUUGUUUUGUUAGUCUCUCUUAAUACACGAAACAUUUGUUGUAGAUUUUCUGGGAAAAUUUAAGGUGUUGAUUCAGCAAUCAGGUCGUUUUCAAUAGACUUGUGCAGCACUGCCCUGGGGCAAUGGGAGUCUGCAUAGUUCAGUCUUAAAAACAUGCAGAUGCUUCUUGUAGCCAAUAGGGUUCUUUUGUGGCUGUCCUUUGAGCAGGUCUGAUUAAAAGAUGUGAUCUUUAAGUUACAACUUCCCAGCUGUUUGUGUAUAUGUCACUGUUUGUAGAUUUUUGUGUUAAAAUAAUUUGAGUGACCUUACAGUAUAUUUAAAUUUUAAAUUUUUUUUCUAAAUACUGAAAUGUUUUGACAAAGAUAUAAUAGUCUAGUAUAACACAAAAUGUAUUCUACAUAAAUAUAUGAUCUUUGUAUACUAUAUCCUGACACUUAGUUUUAUAUUUAGCAGAAGUAGAUUAUAGCUUUUAUGUUUAAGAGAAAGUUGCCACGCCUUAAUUUGGAAAAUAAUUAUAUAUGCAAACUAUCUUACAGAUACUUUAUUAGUUUAAAAGGAAAUGCUGAAUAUAUUUUUUAGACCUUAGUGCCUUUUGGGGUAUGCUUAUAUAAUAUUUUCAUUGUUAAGGAAGGAAUGUGUCUUGUUUUUAAAUGUGGUAAAAAUGGAGAGUGAAAUGAAAUUCCUUGAGUUUCAAGACUGAAUUUUUUUUUACAGGACUGUCAAAAGGUAAUUGUUAUCAGUGAUAGCAGCUAGGGAGCUGUUAGUGUCAGUUUUUUUCUUUAUGUGGGUAAAAAGUUAGUUCAGAUAAAAGCAGAAGUAUGUACAUACAUAUGUAGGUUCUAGAUGCGGUCACAUCCCUGCAUUCUCAGAUUUUUUUUGUUUCCUAGUUUGUUUCUCUAUGCAGCUGUAAUUUUUAUUUGAUAUAAUGCUCAAAGAAUAAAAAAACAUUUGUGGAGUUUGUAUUCAAGGGAGGGGUCAGGGUUAUUUUCGGUUUUGUAUUUUUUAAAACUACAAAUACUAUGAAAAUUGUGUUUGUAAAAAAAAAAAAAACAGGGGCGUUUUUAGAUGGUAUGUGCCAGAUCAUCAGCUUAUCUUAAUACAUAUUUUUUAAAUUUUUGGUUCCAGGUUUUUCAGGAUGAAUUGUAUGAAACUGUAGUUUUAUUUCUCACUUCUGUGUGCUCUUAACCUUAUAGAACUUCAGUGGAACAGUUUGUUGGAAAGAAGUAUUUGAGAAAUUUUGGUUUGUGUUUAGCAACCUUUAGAAUUGUUUUCAUUUAUUAAAUGGUUAUAUAAUUUAAAACAUGAUGAUUAUAUUCUGUAACAAUGUUUCACAUGUCAUAGAACAAAAUGCUUUAUAUUGAAAAAGGCAGCACAAUAUUUGCUUGACUCACACAAUUAGUUCUUAAUAUGCACAAGUAGUCAAUUUUUUUUUUUCUGAAAUGUGCUAGAACAUUUAAAAGUCACCGAAAAGCCCCCAAAUGCAAUGGAGGUUAUUUGUGUCUAAUAUUAUGCAUAAAGUAUUGAACUGUUCCUGCCAGAAACUGCUGAUAGACAUCCCUCCCCUGGAAGGAUAUGUUGAGUAAAAGAAUCAUGAGUUAAGAGUUAGCAAAUGUGCAUACUUAAGCAUUUACAUUUUUUUAGCAAUGUGGAGUUUUUUUAGUAUUUAUGAUUAAAUAUUGUGCUGAGGAAAAGAAAUAGUUGUUCCUGACUUAAAAUAUGUGAAAUGAAUGGUGCACCUGACUUUGGUACCAAACUCUGUAAUUAAAAAGCCAAUGUGAGUUAAUAGAACUGCUUAUAUAAGUGAGGAUUGUAGAAUCUCUCCCUAAAGUAAAAUACCUGGUAACAUGAAAAUUAUAAGUCUUGUUAUAACACUCCAAUAUAUGCUAUGUGCUUAUAAAAUAUUUUCUUUACUAAGCCACCAUCCUAUCUUUCAUAUGUUGAUGAUAACAUUUGGCAUUAUUUAUUUUAAGCUAUGGCAUUAUGUGUUUAUUUUCUUUAAAGAAAAAAUGUUACAUUUCUACCCAAAAUGUCUGACCAGCUCCUCCUUUUAUUUCAAUAAUGCUCCAGUAUUAACUUGUGUCAGGAGUGAACUUUUUGUGCUUUGAAUGACAUUGCAUAAAUCCCUUUGUCUCAAAAGCUCACCUGCUGUGCCGUAAUCCAAUAGAAAUAAAACAUACAGAUAUUAAAUGUAGUGUAAAAAUUA